AUGGAACUGCCACAACUCGCCAUUCACACCGGCUCUGAACCUGCCAAGCUCCUUAGCGAUAUCGGCUCUCAAUAUGAUGGCACCGUGAUCUUUUUCGCCGACAAAAAGAGUCUUGAAAGCGUUGUUCCUUGUGUCAAAGCCCACCUUGCUGCCGAUGCUGCAUUUGGCGAUGCCUUGCAAUUGGUUGUUCCUGAAUCCAAGAUCCCCAGCGAACGUGUUCUCUUGGCUCCUUUGGGUUCCAUUAACAAUGACUUUGACGAUGUGCGUCGUUUCAAGGAUGCUGCUUUUGCUGCUGGUCAACGUGCUUUGAAGGCUGGUAUGUCUUCUCCCUUGGUGUACUUUGCCGAUGCUCCUGCCAAUGCUGCCAACCUUGCUUGGACCUUUGAGGAUGCCGAUGAUUAUAAGCAAUUCUUGGAAGUUACCAUGUUGGGCAUGAUGGAGGCCAGCUAUGAACCCAUUGACGUUCGUGAACAUGCUACUCGUGUCAACAAGCCCAUCGCUGUCUUUAGCAAGUUGGGUUUCAUCGCAGCUACUUCUUUGAAUGAGGCUCAGGUUGACAAUGUCAUUCGUCAGGUGUCUGCUAUUGAAAUGGGUCGUCGUAUCUCUAAAGAUAUCGGUUCCCCUGAUCCCGAGCGUAUGUCGCCAAUCAAUGUUGUCAAGUACUUGAACGAAGUCUUUGGUGACGAUUCUCGCAUCAAGAUGACCGUGGUCGAUGAUGUCGAUACUAUCAAAAAGGAAUAUCCUUUGGCACAUGCUGUUACUCGCGCUAGUUUGGCAGUUGCUCGCCAUCAUCCUCGUAUCGUCCAUCUCGAAUACAAGUCUGCCGAUCAAAGCAAGGUCAAGGAAAACCUCUACUUUGUUGGUAAGGGUGUCACCUACGAUACUGGUGGAGCUGAUAUCAAGUGCAGUGGUCAUAUGCGGGGUAUGUCCCGUGACAAGUGCGGUGCUGCUGCUGUGGCUGGUUUCAUGAAGACUGUAAGCAUGUUGGCUCCUGAAAAUGUCAAUGUUCGUGCUGGUCUCUCUCUUGUACGCAACUCGGUUGGCGCCGACUCUUAUGUCAGUGAUGAGGUCAUUUAUUCGCGUAACGGCACCCGAGUCUUGGUUGGUAACACGGAUGCUGAGGGCCGUAUGGUGAUGACCGAUCUUUUGUGUCAAUUCAAGGAACAAGUCGUUCAAGAUAAACAAGCAAACACUCCUUCUUCAAAGGCACCCAGCUUCCUCUUUACGGUUGCCACCCUUACUGGCCAUGCUCUUCGUGCCUAUGAUGGCUAUGGUAUUGCCCUUGACAAUGGCUUUGCACGACGAAACAAGAUUAGCAAGCGUAUCUUUGAUGCUGGUCAUACAUUGGCUGAUCCUUUCGAGGUAUCGACUUUGCGUCGUGAGGAUGUCGAAGUGGUACAACCUGGCCGAUCUGCCGAGGAUGUUGUUCAAGCCAAUGACAAGCCUAGCACAAUGACGAACCGUGGCCAUCAGUACCCUGCUGGUUUCAUGCUUAUUGCAUCGGGUCUUGACAAGCAUGGUUUGGAUAGUAAGGAGCCUAUUGGUUAUACGCACGUUGACGUUGCUGGAUCAGCAGAAGAGAUGUCGGCUGUUGGAUGGAGUAUACCACGUGUGACCGGAUCCCCGGUUGCCGCUUUUACUGGUGCCUUUUUGUUGUAG